CUGACCAGGGGCAAAUGGACUAACCCUAACCCAGCAACAGGAGGAACGUGACACCUUCCAGAUAUUCCUCUAGAUAGCAAUUCAUCAGGUGCAAGUGGAGUCAGCAAUCACAAGAAGAAAAAAGUGACUGAGGCUGAGGGCUGGAAAGAUCUGCGAGCAGGUCUUGUUCGUGUCCACAUUGAAGGAUUCAGUCCUGCCACAAAAAAUGCAGCUUCUGUGGCUGUGCACAGGUCCCAGAGAUUAUCUGGUGUCCUGAUUGUGGACCUAGAAGCCUUUAUUGCAAGGCUUGUGAUGAGAAGAUCCAUUCUUUGGUGCUAUAUCAUCAGACAUACAGUUGGAAAGAAGAUGCAUCAUUGUUUGCACCUGUGUUAAGAGAAACAACCAUUUUGUCUGAGCACCAGUGUGACAAGCUCUACUACCGUCAAAUUACAGUUUUUGAUGCACAAGGCAGAGCUCACCAAAUCAAAGUGCAGUUUUGUGAAUGUGAGCCAGAAGCUGUAACGUUAGUUAGAAAUGGGUUAUGGCCAUCAACUCCGAAGAAGCCAGAGACAGCAUUCUGCAUGAAACUAAUGGAGCUAUGCAGAAUGCUACAACUAGAAGGGCAAAUGUCUCUGCAGAAAUUUUGCAAUGCAUUAGAGCGGAGGACAACAUUUCUGCACAGUCACAGCAGGGACUACAGAAACCUGUAUAAGGCACUGGGUAACACAAUUAUAGAAUUUCACCAUCAUCAGGUGUUGUGUCUUGAAACAGCUCAUGCCCACGAAUUACUGGGCAAGAAGUGCCCAAUAUGUAGCCUGAAGCCAGAGAGACGUGUUAUCUCGAUGGACGCUAAUUUUGGGCUUGUGCACAAGAUGAAUUCUGGAUUUGGACCUGGACUUGAACAUGCUAGAUUUAGUGUGUUUUGUCCAGAUGAUGAUGUCAGAAACUUUGUCAACACUCAUCAUGAGGCAACAUCGAAAUCAAGUAGCAAAUCUUCGGAAUGUUCAAAUUUUCAAGCAGGUGAUCUUGUCAGGUCAAAAAACAAAAAUGCAAAACUGGACAUCAGAGGAGUGUUUGGUGCUGUGUGUCAACAUGGUUUCCCUCUGCAUUUUGUGAAUAUGCAGCAUGGAGAGAGAUUUGGGUAUCCUGUAUAUAUUUUACAACGAAUUGCUGCAGAGCAGCUAUUCACAGCUAGUACAAAACAAAUUGUGAUGUACGAUGUUGCCUGCUCACUGCAGACUCAUAUAACAAAGCAUUCUCAACUAUUUGGACAGCUGUCUGAAAAAUUUAGAUUUGUUGUUCCUGUGUUUCACAGCUUUGCACAUAUAACACAGUGUCAGAUGACAAAAGGACAGCGCUUUUGCGAGGGCACAGGAUUAAUAGAUGGUGAAGCUAUGGAACGCUUAUGGUCUUUCCUCCGCAGAUUUGCGUGGAGUAAAGAAAUGACUUUGCCCAACAGGCAAGAUCUACUAAGCAGUGCUCUGCUACACUAUGCCAGGAGGAUUUUUGUGUCAUUAGCUGACACACUGUCUGUAAGACUCAAAAAGGCAAGGGACACGCAGGCAAAAGCCAAAGAGAUUAUCCAUGAGGUUGAAAGCAAGUAUAGAGGAACUGCUGCAGAAUGGCUGCACAAGCUGAAGGAUACUAUAUCAACAACCAGUGGUCAUAGAGAAAGCUCUACCUCUGAUUCUCUGCUUGAGAAAGCGAGGAAGCUGUCAGCUGAGCGGCAGCAACUGCUGGGACUAAAGAGACGCUAUGCUGAUGGACAAAAAAUUGCCCAGAAAAUUGCGAAGAAGCUGCGGACAACAAACACACAGCUGCAGUCUGUCAUUGGGUCUUUAAAAAAUGUAUUUCCAAACAUUUCACCAGCUGAAUUUAGAGACCCAGAGUCAGCUCUGUACACUCAUAUAGCACCAGAACUGAACUCAGAGCAAGUGAGGGCAGCCAAUUGUGCAGCAGACUACGAUCGUGGGCAAGAAGAGGAACAGCGAAUAAUAUAUGAUAUUUGCCUUUUACAGCAGUGGCUGAUGGAGCAAAAUGUGUCAUUAUGUCAGCCAUCAGACUUAGUCAGUCGAUAUGACUGUGCCCUAAACCAUGUUAAGUCUGUAAGUAAACAUAAAGUGGAAUGCCAGCUAAGGGAUCUGCAUGCCAAAUGUAAGGAACAGCCAGGAUUUUCGCAAGUCAUCAUUGACUACUCAGUCUCCAACCUACUGUCAUCUUCCGCCUCCACUUGCCAGCCAAAUUCUGAUGACAACGAGGAAUUGAUAGAUGUAAUUAGUGAACUUAACUCAGAUAUUGAAUCAGAAUCUGAUGAAGACGAGGAGGAGGAGGAAGAGGAGGAGGAGGAAGAACAUUUUUUUCCAUAAGUCUUUGACCUUUUACUUUCUAUAGUCAGUCUACUGAGUUGGACAAUUGAUAUGUUUAUUGAUAACAUAAAGGUAUUUAAGGGAUGAUAGCGUUUUUAUUUUGCUUCAAAGCAUUGCUACAAUCAACAUCAAUGAAGUCUUCAUGAAUUCAUUGCUACAUUUUUGAACCAACAACAGUGUAAUCUAAUUCUUUUUUUUUAAUUUUUUUUAUUUUUUAAUAGCAAUGUAUUUCAUCCCAUUUCUGGAUGAACUUUUUGCCAUGUGUGGAGUAGCAGAGCAACGUGUGCUUACUAAAAAUACCUUGUCAUCAAAUAAGUGUUAGCAAAUGACAUUUAACCUGUGUUAUUUUCAACUGUGCAGCCUUCUUUCUCAUGAUAUUUCUAGAUAGAGCAAACAGAAAUGCUGCAAAUAACUUGUAGAUGAAAAUUUUGGUCUUGAUGUGGAACACACUUUAUUUUAAACAUGUGCUUUUCAUCAUUUGCAUUAUCAAGAUAUAGUGCAGUGAACUUGUAAUUCUGGUGGUAAAAUAGAAUGCAAAUUAUACUGCACACAAACAUGAUUCAAAAUUGUUUAACUACUGCCUGGAAUGAUAGGAACAUUUUAAAUAUUUAAUAACAGUCUUCCUGCUUCUCACAACAGCAUUUUGUCAUUGAAUUAUUCAGUUAACUCAUUUCUUUUUCUAUGCUGAUGUUUGCAAAUUCCCACCAUACACCCAGCUUCCUCUGUGAUGUAGGUGUGCCUUAGAAAAUGAAAUCGCAUAUUUUUGUGCAUAUUUUGCUUGCUGUGGUGUACUUCUUGCCUUGUAACCAGAAUUUUUUACAUGUCUUGUUAUUUUCCCAUAAGUUUGCACACCUAUAUUGAUUGUAAGCUAGAUUUAUUUCUUCAGAUUGUUAUUGUCAUUAUUGACAAUUUUUCAUGGAGUUUUCAUGCAUUCUUACAUGCACCUUUUGAAUAACUGUCAAAUUAAUGAGAUAUAAUAAUGUCAAGUGGAUCUGUUUCAAAGCACAGCAAUCAAACCUGACCUUUUCGUGUUAAUGAAUGCCUGCAAAACCGCUAUCCCCCAUAAUUCUCUUUCAGUUUUAACCACUUGACAAGAAUCAACAAGUCUGGCCAAAAUUUACACAAAUAGUAAACACAUUAAUAAUAAACACAUUCUUACACAUGGUUCCCAGGUCCUUGCAAGGUCCUUUUAAGUCCUUUUAUAUUGAAUUUUC